CUUUAGCUUCCGCUCCUUCUCUCCCUCCCUCUCUCGACUUUAUCUUUUGAUAGUUCUGAUUUUAAUUAGGUUUAGAUUUUGGUGGGUAAUUGAAGAGAGAGAGAAGGGAGAGACAGAGAGGGGGUCAGUAAAAGAUGAGCUGGUGUGAUGGUUCAGAUGAAAGAACAACCAACAUUCAUCCAUCGAUUCAACUCAAAGACCAAUCUCAAUCAUGUGCCACGAGCCGUCCAGAUUCCAAGAUUAUCGUUGGAUCUCCCAGUAUGACUUGUUCUUCUUGUGGACAUAAGAUGCAUCAAAAAGACGACCAGGUUGGAAGCAUCAAAGAUUUACCAAGUUUACCGGCGGGAGUCAAAUUCGACCCGUCGGAUAAAGAGAUCCUUAUGCACUUGGAGGCGAAGGUUUCAUCUGAUAAGCGGAAGAUUCAUCCGUUGAUCGAUGAGUUUAUACCGACACUUGAAGGAGAGAAUGGAAUUUGUUAUACUCAUCCUGAGAAACUUCCUGGAGUAAGCAAAGACGGGCAAGUACGACACUUUUUCCACCGGCCAUCAAAGGCUUACACGACGGGAACACGAAAACGUAGAAAAGUGAGCACAGACGAGGAGGGCCACGAGACACGGUGGCAUAAAACGGGAAAGACCCGACCUGUUUUGUCUCAGUCGGGAGAAGCAGGUUUCAAGAAGAUCUUGGUACUCUACACGAACUACGGUCGCCAGAAGAAGCCCGAGAAGACGAAUUGGGUGAUGCAUCAGUAUCAUUUAGGCCACAGUGAGGACGAAAAAGACGGUGAACCAGUUCUCUCUAAAGUCUUUUACCAAACACAGCCUAGACAAUGUGGAGGAUCGACCGAAACUAAACCUAAGAAUCUCGUAAACCUAAACCGGUUCAGUUAUGAAAAUCUUCAGGGCGGUUUUGCGUAUGAGCAUGGAGGGAAUAGUGAAGACACGACGACUGAUACGAGAGUUGGUGGUUCGUGAAGGCGAUGGGUCAUGUUCGUUUCUUAGUUUUACUUGUGAUGCAAGUAAGGGUAAAGAAAGCUUCAGGAAGAAUCAAUGACACAUACAAUAUAUAAAUGCAGGUGCUUUGUGGAGUAAAGAUGAGGAAAAGAAUGAUGUGACUGAUAGAGAACAGAUUCUUUGCGUGUAGGUGUUGGGUAACUAUCAUCGUAAAUGAUCUCAAAGCUUUACAGAGAUUUUAGGUUUAACUUUUGUUUGGGAUUAAAUUUGGGAGGCAACUUUAACCUCUCGAUGCAUUACUAAUCUUUUUUUUCUCUCCUUAAUAAAAUCUGUCUAGAAAUACUGUAAUUCUUCUUUUCCAAUUAUUGUAAAAAACUUAAGGUAAUCUCUAUAAUAUUAUUUGAGAAGUCA